ACUAGUUUCCUUUUCCUCUUUAACUUUAAAGGGCCCCAAACCCCACACCUCUUCGAGGUGGAGUCACUGCGCUCCUCCUGUUCAUCUGACAAUUUUUUCUUUGUUACGCUCAGACGCUCAGACGUUUCUGGCUUUCAGUCACUGUUACUUAAUUUCCUCUUCAAUAAUGUUAGGUUUGAAGUAUGCUCAUGUUACUCUCUUGUUUCUUAUCACCCCUUCUGUAAGUGCACAUGGAGGUAUUGUUUAUAUCCACAGAGUAAGAAAUUCAUCCAUUGACAUUUCCUGUGUAUCGGCAAACAAGGAGGAAAACCUAUUUGCCUUUUCACUGAAACGCAGGUUGCUGCAGUCCAGAGAAGUAAUGUAUCUUUCAAAAGGAAACACACCAUAUAUCAAUAAAUCUGAGGACAAGGAUCGCAUCACUGUACGUGAUGAGUUGUUCAACCACACAGCUCAUCUGACAAUCUCAAACCUGCAAGGUCAGGACACAGACGUGUACCAAUGUGAAUUCCACUAUGGUCAUCUUCCAUAUGAUAAGAAUAUCCCUGGCAAGAUCGAGUUCUUCAUCUAUGUCGAAGACUUCUCUCGUGAGCCUUGUAAUUGUUCAAGUUACCUGCCAUUGCUGUAUGUGAUCUCUGGAGCUGCAUGUCUGCUGGGUGUUCUGGUUUUCACUAUCGCUAUAGCUUACUGUUGUAAAUGGCCCAACCGUAGAAAGCCACAGCCUGUAGUUCCUGUUUAUGAGGAGAUGACUGGGGUGCGGCCCACCAAAGGAAAAGCCACAAGCCGUCAGACUGAUAUUGCAAAACUGGAGGAGUCAAACAGCUCUGUGGCCACCUUGUUCAGCAACGAAAACCAUUAUGUAAAUUGAUGUGUCAAAAUGUAGUGAAUAAGAAGUCACUCUGCAGGAGUGUUGAUGUUCAUGAUGAUGCUCCAGCUGAACCACAAGACUUUACUGAAUCAUCAGCUUUGUUUGUUAGCAUAAAAUUAGUCUUUUCAUCUUUCAUCUAUACCUCUGUUAAAGGUACUUUAAGACAUGUAAUUUUAUCGCUACAAAAACAGAACGUCAGCUUGCAUCCUUUUUAUACAGGCAUUAAUUUCUUUUUUGUCUAAUAGUACAAAAUUGAUAUAUUAUGAUAAAAGACAAAAUAUGUUUUUUUCAAUUUUAUGUUUAUUUUGAUCAUAGGUGUAGUCAUAUAACAUAUUUCAGUUUACAUAUAGUGCUCAAUGCAAUCGUAAAGUGUCUUUUCAAUAUAAAGGCAAGAACAAUUGCCUGAUGUGUUUUAAAUGUAAAUUGUACUCCACAUUUGUUAAGUUGUAUUAAAUUGUAUUAAAAUGGCAGCUAUAAAAAAAGCCAGUGUUGAGUAGCAAACAGGUAUUUGAAGCUGCUGGUGUCUUGAGAAGCUCUCCAUGCAGGUUGGCAGUUGUGUGUAAAGAUGCAUUUCAGCCACCACUAACCAAACGUCACAAAGAGAAACAUUUACAGUGGGUUUAGAAAUACAUAAAGACUCAUUUUUAAAUAGUUUUAUUCACUGACGAAUGCCAUAUUACAAUGAAUGGUCUAAAUGGAUGGCUUUCUGGAUGGUUGGUGAAUGGCCACCACGUUCCAACAAGACUGCGAUGUCAGCAGGGAGCUGGCGGGUGUUGAUUUGGGCUGGAAUACUGGGAAGUGAGAUGGAAGGUCCCUUUAGGGUCUCUGAGGUUGUCAAAAUGACUUCAUCAAGAUAUGUGGAGUUCAUAACCAUUUUUCAUGGCCAUUUUCUGCUAUGGUAUAAAAAGAAGGAUAGUGCCUUCUGAAAUACUAUGCACUAUCCCAUGCUGCAAAAAAACACCACAGCAAUAAAACUGUUUGAAAAUGUAUACUGACUGCAAAUGUUUCUCUUUGUGAGGUUUGGUUAGUGGUGGCUAAAAUGUGAUUUUACACAUAACCGCCAACCUGCAUAGAGAGGUUCUCAAGACACCAGCAACUUCAAACACCUGUUUGCUGCUCAACACUGGCUUUUUUAUAGCUGCCCUUUUAAUACAAUUAACUUGUUUGACAGAAACUUUCCUUAAUAAGCCUUUAUCUGACCGAAUUCUGUUGUGCUCUAAAUCACUCACAAAUCUUAUACUUCAAAAAUCUGCAUUUAGUUUUCACACAAUGUUAGCCUUUUGCACAACAUUGCACCAUUUCAUGCUUUUCAUCUCCAGAAAGAUCUUUCUUCCUCUCCACAUUGCAUGAGAACUGUGACUUGCUUAAUAAUGUGGAACAACCUCUAAGUAGGGUUUCCAUUUACCUAAGUAGACCUGGCAAAUUAUUUUGUCUGAGAUUGAUACCAGUUAUCUAAAAAGACAUGGAUAAACAAACAAACAAACAAACAAACACUUUCUUAGAAAAACUAAAAUCUGAAUGUUUAUUGUACUGAAAUCCUACUGAUGUCACUUGCAUAAUAAUUUGGAACACAGUGUGUAUAUGUAUAUAUAUAUAUAUAUAUAAAAUAUAAAUAAUACAUAAUAUUUGUAGGUGUUAUUUAACAGCAAUAUCAGACCUUUUUUCUGAUACAUAUUCAACCAGGAACCAUUUCCAAGAACACAUCCUUCUUUAAAUUAAGAUAAAGUAUUCUGUAUUUCUAGUUUACCACUGUCUGCAAGAAAAUUUGAUUUCACAAAAUACACUAUUGCAGAACCUGUUUAUUGAAAGGUUGGAAAAAGAUGCAAACUUACAAGAAAAAAAAAAAAAAAUCAGUUGAUAAAUUAUUUCUGAAGAAUGAUGUGAAAGUCUUAAAACAUUAAAGCAUGCAAAUAAAGUCUAGAACAGGUAUCUCCAACCCUGCUCCUGGAGGGCUACCGUCCUGCAGAUUUCAGUUCCAACCCUGCUCCAACACACCUGUCUGUAAUUAUCAAGCAACCCUGAACACCUUGAUUAGCUGGUUCAGGUGUGUUUGAUUCGGGUUGGAGCUAAAGAUGGAGUGUUUCCACAGUUUCACAUUACACAGGAAGGCGACAAGGCUUCCGGUCUUAUCUGCCACUUGGUUGGUUUUGGUUCAAAAACCGUGGACCAUAGACCACUAAGAGUUUAUUUGACAGUUUGAGACAAAAGUGAGAGCAUAGUGUUGCAUUUGUUUGCUUUAAAUAUGAAUGCUAUAUGUUUUAUUCACACGGCAACAAAUAAAUAUUCUCUCUCAUGUA